AUGUCGUGGCUUCCCAAUUACCAGCAAUUGCCGCCAAAGCAGCCAUUCCUAGUCCCUCCAGGUUUUACGGGUACUGGGAUUGCACAGCAAAGGUUUCGACACCUCGACGGCUUGUCGGACCAUGCCAGUAGAUGUAAGAUUCUGGAGAACUGGAUCCUCCGAUUAUGUGAUGCGUUGAAUCCCUUACCGGGCAUCCUGAACCCGAUACGAACAGUUUUUACACCUUUAGCCCUCGAGGGCGCGCAGGAAGAUGAUUCACAAUCGACAGGCGCCGUUGCUUUGUUUCAUAUGAUAUGCUCGGCCUCAGGCUUUCAUCUAUCUAACACUUCAGCAUAUGAGGAUGAAAGACGCAAGUUCGAGCGUUUCGCACUUGAGCAUCACGAAAUGGGCAUUUGCUAUCUCAGAGAGAAUAUCCGAACUGAUGACGAGAGCCAAUAUGCUCCGAUUCUAGCCGCUUUGAUCAUUUGCUUACUGACUGAAGACAUAACUGUCAAUGAGUCUUUUUGGCGUAUCCACAUAAGAGGCGCAGUUGAGUGGGUGAAUCAUGUGGGCGUUGAGUACUGGUAUCAGACGGAGUCAGCUUCCAUGAUCUAUCAGAUGUUUCUAUGUAUGGGAACUUUAGUUCAAUCCCAGAUCCUUCCGGGGGACCGCAGUGGCUAUGGAUGGGAUUUGCGCUUCAAUCUUGAAUCGCACCCUGGGCCAUACCUAAUAGAGUCGAUCUUUGGGUUACCCAAGCCGAUCCUGGAGGUCAUUCAUAGAAUGAAUGAUAUCCAAAAGCGGGCGCAAGAGCAGCAGCACCCCGGAAAUACCCCGACAGAUAAUGGAUUCAGUACUGAGCUCUUGAAGGAGAUAGAUGCACUUGAAUUCGAGCUUCUUCUUAUGAUGCCGUCUCCGUGGGAGUCACCGAUCAGUAUCCCACAGGGCAAGCAACUAAUCUACCAUCACGGAUAUACAUAUUAUUACGCAUCUCUGCUUUAUCUGAAACGCACCUUGAAAGGGGUCCCCAUACGCGAGGUGCAGGGCCUGGUUAAGAAAGCGCUCCAGCACAUCGAAGCGCUCAAGACUCUCGAAGCCGGGUACUCAACACCGUGCCUGUGGCCCAUCGCCAACAUUGCAUUUGAAACGCACAGCCCGGAGCUGCGGCCUCGCAUGCUCGCCUGCAUUGACUUCUUCUCCAAGCAGUCCACGCUGCUCAUGUGGGAAAAGUUUGGCUCUUCCGUCCGCGGUCUGUGGACGCGGAGACAAAGCCCCGGCGAGGAGAAUCUAAGCUGGCACGCGUAUUCGCCCAUCUUUUACCACAAUUAUGUCUUCAUAUGA